AUGCAUAGACCUUUUUUAAAAAGUUAUAAUUCUAAUUAUAGUUCUACUCAAGGAGAGAAAAAAUCAACCGAUUUGGUUAUUGUAAAAGUUGCAAUCAACCAAAUACACAUUGCGAUUGGUGCCAACCUUGUAAUUCGUCAAGAUUUAAGAAGGAUUUUGAUAAAUGGUCAAGUGGAAUUACAAAAAUGGUAUUGGGAUAUAAAGGAUGGUGUUGAGAACGAAGUUUCUCUUCAGUUCAAGUCUGCCGAUGAAAGAAAUGUUCAAAGAUCAAUAUCGUCAUCUACUUAUAGACCUAUUACAGAAUCACAUCCUUUAGCCAUUUACACAAGUCGAUUGCUAAGUUUUCCUAAUUUAUCUAGACCAGUAAGACUUCCAUCCAGCAGAAGUAAUUCAAAUAAAGCUUAUAAAACUGAAAAAAUAGAUUAUGUUACACGUGCGUUUGAAGAAGAGCUUGUAUAUGAACCUGAAAGUAAUUUAAGUACAAGACGAAUAGAUCUAGAAGAGAUAUCAGAAGAGAUAUUAUCUGAAGUGACUUUUGAACCAGAAAUAAUUGAAGAAGAGUAUGUUACAAGACAAUAUGAUAUUGACCUUGUUUGA